ACGGUCGCGUUUGAGCUGUACGUUCGCGGCGCCCUGCACAGUCCGGUGAGUCACUGUCCACGCUGGAAUACAGGGAGAAGAGAGUGAGAGAGAGGGGAAGAGCGAACGGGAAAUAACUGGAGCUGCGAGAAUGGCGGUCGAAGAGGAAGGUCUUCGGGUUUUCCAGAGUGUCAAAAUAAAAAUCGGUGAAGCAAAGAACAUCCCUCCAUAUCCGGGUCCGAAUAAAAUGCGGGAUUGUUACUGCACAGUCAACCUGGACCAGGAGGAAGUGUUUCGAACCAAAACCAUAGAGAAGUCAUUGUGUCCAUUCUAUGGCGAGGACUUUUAUUGUGAAAUCCCACGCAGUUUCCGCCAUCUGUCCUUUUACAUCUUUGACAGAGACGUGUUCAGGAGGGACUCCAGCAUCGGUAAAGUGGCCGUGAAGAAGGAAGACCUGCAAAAAUACCACGGUAAAGACCACUGGUUCCCACUGCAGCCGGUCUGUGCAGACUCAGAGGUUCAGGGGAAGGUUCACCUGGAGCUGCGUCUCAGUGAGGUCAUCACAGACAGCGGAGUCAUCUGCCACAAGCUGGCAACACGGGUUUUAGAGUGUCAGGAUCUGCCCAUAGUGAAUGGCCAGUGUGAUCCGUACGCAGCUGUGUCUUUACUUGGCCCCUCCAGGUCAGAAGCCAAGAAGACGAAGGUCAAACGGAAAACCAACAAUCCUCAGUUUGAUGAGGUGUUCUUUUUUGAGGUGACAAAACCGCUGAGCUACACCAAACGACAGUUCGACGUGGAAGAGGACGACGUGGACAAACUUGCGCUUAAGGUGGAUCUGUGGAACGCCAGCAAUCUGAAGUUCGGAGACGAGUUUCUCGGAGAGGUACGGGUGCCGUUGAAGGUCCUAGGACAGUCAGGUGUUCAUGAUGCAUGGUACUUCCUGCAGCCAAGAGAUAACGGCAAUAAAUCAGUGAAGGCGGAUGAGCUGGGCUCUUUACGACUCAACAUCAUUUACACGGAGGACCACGUGUUCCCCACAGAGCAUUAUAACCCCCUCCGAGACCUGCUGCUGCUGCAGUCUGCGCAUGUCGAGCCCGUCUCUGCGUCUGCGGCUCACAUCUUGGGCGAGGUGUGCCGUGAGAAGCAGGAAGCAGCUGUCCCGCUGGUGCGACUCUUCCUGCACUAUGGCAAAAUCGUGCCUUUCCUCAGUGCCAUUGCCCACGCAGAGAUCAACCGCACACAGGAUCCCAACACCAUAUUCCGGGGAAACUCACUGACGUCCAAAUGCAUUGAUGAGACCAUGAAGCUGGCAGGGAUGCAUUACCUGCGGGUCACACUCAAACCCAUCAUUGAUGAAAUCUGCACGGACCACAAACCUUGUGAGAUCGACCCCGUCAAGCUGAAGGAGUCUGAGAACUUAGACACAAACAGGGAAAACCUGCGGCAGUACGUAGACCGGAUCUUUAACGUCAUCACCAGCUCGGGUGUGAGCUGUCCCACAGUCAUGUGUGACAUCUUCUUUUCACUGCGGGAGUCCGCCGCCUCACGCUUUCAGGAUGACCCGGAUGUGCGCUACACAGCUGUCAGCAGUUUCAUCUUCCUCCGUUUCUUCGCUCCUGCUAUCUUGUCACCGAACCUCUUCCAUCUGCGGCCGCAUCACCCGGAUCCGUGCACGUCUCGGACACUGACCCUCAUUUCCAAAACCAUCCAAACACUGGGAAGCCUGGCCAAGUCCAAAUCUGCCAAUUUCAAAGAGUCCUACAUGGCUGCCUUCUAUGACUACUUCAACGAGCAGAAGUACGCCGAUGCAGUAAAGAACUUCCUGGAUCUGAUCUCGUCCUCGGCCCACUGGGAUCAGAAGAGCAUUGAGACGCCCAUCAUGCUGAAGGAAGGGAGUGUUAAACUCAUUAUUAAAAGGUUUGAUGCCAAAGGUUCUGGCAGAUUCAUGAUCAAACGAGCUCAAGGGCGAAACCGCUUCGGUCUGAAGAACUUCAAGAAGAGAUGGUUCCGCUUGACCAACCAUGAGUUCACCUACCAUAAAACCAAAGGUAGUAACGCAAAAGGAGAGGGUGCUCUGUGCAGCAUCCCUAUUGAGAACAUCCUGGCUGUAGAGAGACUAGAGGAAGAGUCCUUCAAAAUGAAAAACAUGUUCCAGGUCAUCCAGCCAGAGAGGGCGCUCUACAUCCAGGCCAAUAAUUGCGUGGAGGCCCGCGACUGGAUCGACAUCCUAACCAAGGUCAGUCAGUGUAACCGCAAGCGUCUGAGCACAUACCACCCGUCGGCCUUCCUCAACGGACACUGGCUCUGCUGCAAGCUGUCUGCGGACACUGCGCCCGGCUGCACACCCUGCACAGGGGGACUUCCUGCCAACAUCCAGCUGGACGUGGAUGGAGACAGAGAGACGGAGAGGAUCUACUCGCUCUACAGCACGUACAUGUCCAAACUAGUGAAGAUGCAGGAGGCCUGUGGCAGUAAGUCGGUGUACGAUGGCCCAGAGCAGGAGGAAUACUCCACGUUUGUGAUCGACGACCCGCAGGAGACGUAUAAAACCCUGCGACUCGUCAUCUCAGCCGUACAGACACUGGAGCAGCAGCACAUGCAGUACAAACGAGACAAGUUCAGGAAAACCAAGUACGGCAGCCAGGAACAUCCAAUCGGUGAUCAAAGCUUCCAGUGUUACAAUCGCCAGCAAUCAGAAAGCUCCACCUACUCCAUCUGACCACGCCCACUGCAGACACUGCAACAGUCGCAUCUCAAACAGGAAACUCUUGAGUUGUGAUUGACAGGAAAGUGGCCACAGACAAAAGCUAAACCUCUGGUGCUUUUAUAUGAUUUUAAUCAAUCAACAUCUUCCUUUGAAUGGGGUGGGCUGCCGUGCACUUUAUUUGUCACACGCACCUGUGGACCAUGUAGCUCCGCCUCACGGCACGUUUAUAACAUUUUAUGAUGUUUUUAAGCUAGGAUUCGACCAGAUGUCCUCUAGCUGUGGAUCAUGUUUUUAUAAACAGAGUAUUGGGCCAAAGGACAGAUCCCACAAUCCUUUGCUUUGAAAGGGUUUUGAGAUGUCAGUGGAUGAGACCUGCGGCUGAACCUGAUGAACUGUAACCAUGUAUAGAAAUAUUCUGCUCUGUUUCUGCCUGCACUUCCCCUUACUCACCCUUGUGUCGUCACGCCAGCUGAAGCAGUGCUGCAUUGUGGGAAAUGUGUCAUGUCGUGUGUGUUAAGGCAUGCAGACGUCCUUAUGCCAGCCGUUUCCAGCAUGUAACGUGACACUAAACCACUUUCUGAUGGUUAGUGGGUCCAGUUGUGUUCAGCAUCACAUUUCGGUUUUUAUACUUUCUGUUCUGUCUGUGUGUGUGUGUGUGUGUGUGUGUUUGAAUCUGAAGCAAGCUUGCAUGAGUCUGUUUCAGUUAUUACGAUUAAUAACUUCCAUUUUAUCACAUUACACUUUAUAGAGACAUUUCAUAUGAAUGUGAUUAUUUUGAUGCAUUUCAUGAAAUCUGUCAAGAUCAUGCUUUGCUUAUAUUUCACCCUAAAAUCAAAUCUAUCUAUCUAUCUAUCUAUCUAUCUAUCUAUAUAUAUAUAUAUAUAUACACACACACACAUACAUUUAAGCUUAAAGAAAUACAUUUUACAAGCAUUAAGAGUUUUUGCAUUGCAAAAUAUUUUACAGUAAUGUAAAAAAAAAUAUUAAGGCAAUAGAAAGGAAAUAGAAAAAAUAAUAAGGUAAUUGCACUGAAAAAUGUUUUGUAAAAUUUUGCUAGUAAAUUUAACAAACACUUAGAAAUAGCAAGUAACACUGAAUUGAAAGUGAAAUUCUAAUGUAGAAAAACAUCUUGAAAAACAUACUCCAAUAAUCUUUGUUUCCUUUACAUCUUCAAAAAAAGCAUUUUUUACAUUAGCGAGUUUUUAUCUUUCAAUUCUGACUUUUUUUCUCAUUAUACAGUAGUUGCAAUUACUUUUUUUCUUCUUUAUCCCUUUAUCCACAAGCUACCAUAGUAAUGUGAAAAAUACUGAUGCAUUAUUUUCUUUAUGGAGAAACUUAAUUCUCAUUUUGGUAUGAUUUUAGGGUGAAAUAUGAGCUGGAGAUUCACUUACAUUCUUCUGCACUUCAUUCCGAGUAUGGGUCCCCAUACUUGGCCACAUGUCACUUCACUUUUGUUAGUAUGGUGUUGUAUUUUUGUUAACACACGGUUCUUCUGUUUCUGUACAUCCCUCAGUGAUGCAUGUUUCAGUGCUUAUAUAUUUUAAAACGGCCCCAUUUUCCUUCCCAAAUGACAUGCUGUUUAUUUUUAUAUCACAGAAUAAUGCUUUUGGAACUCAACCCACACAGUAUGAAGUAUGCAAUAAUGUCCCCUAUAAGUAAUUCACCUGUAUUUGAUCUGUUGAAGGAAUUUUGAUCUCAGAUCCCUAAGAAGGGAGAGUGGUGUUUGUGUGAUGUGUGUACAGACCAAGCAACUGAAUGAGACACACGUGUUUCUUUUGUCCAAAUGAAGGCAAUAGCAAAGAAA